GUCGGCCUGAUACCGCAAUCCACCCUACGACUUGCUUUCCUGCUGUCUUCCCUUGUAUCUGUGCUCUUUCCCCUCAGUUCGAUGUUUCGGCAAUGAGGCAUACCUUCAAUCCCGUUGAGUGGAAUUCAGACAAGACUCCCCACCGUUACUCAGACCUGAGUCAUGUGGGGUCACCAAAGGCCUCACAUCGAAUGUGUGGAGGUUGGAUCUCCUGUGCAGACGAUCUGUUGGGUGUCUCCACUUGCCCCCGGAAGAAAGGCUCGGCAACAAAAGGCCUCCCUGAUCUGCCGAACUGUACACAGUAGAGGACAACUCUGAUCGAGUGUACACCACGCCAUACACUUGGCCUCAGAAUGUGGGGUUCGGUCUUGCAAUAUGAUCCUUCUCGUGUCCUUCUGGACGAGAUGCGACCCCACAAUGAUCAGUAUAUGAGAGCUGCCGCCCCCUGGUGUACUCUGUAUCGUUUCUUGACAGCGAAACCGUAUCUACCUGUAUACCGCGAAACACUCUCUUUCCCUUCAACCUAAGCCCGCAUUAAUUGACAUUCAACAUGGGCUCCGCAGGUAAUCUCUCCGACCCCCAGGAAUAUCAGAAGAUCUUCCACUGGGCGGAGACACAGAAGGACGGUGAAAUCCCCUCCUUUUCCACCCGCCGAAACGACCCUUAUGAGUAUCAAGCUGGAUUUGGUAACGCAUUUAUCUCCGAGGCUGUGCCCGGAACGAUUCCCCACGGACAGAACAGUCCUCGUAAUGUGCGCUUUGGUUUGUACGCAGAGCAGGUAACAGCCACUGCUUUUGUGGCCCCGAGACAUGCCAACAAGAAGGCCUGGCUAUACCGUGCUCGUCCAGCGGUGGCUCAUCAAGGAUUUACCAACCUCCCAGACAACCCCGACACAGAGGCCACUUUCUUGCCCUUGAACCCGCGGGUCCACGUCUCCCCCACCCAGCUGGCAUGGCAUCCGUUCGAUAUCCCCUCCGACGAGCCGGUGGACUUCGUCACCGGUCUGAAGACCGUCGCUGGAUCGGGAGACCCGACUCUCCGCGAGGGCCUCGCCACUCACGUCUACACCGCAAACACCAGCAUGACCCAGAAAGCCUUUGUGAAUUCCGACGGCGAGAUGCUCAUCGUCCCCCAGCAGGGAGCUCUGGACAUCCAGACCGAAUUCGGUCCACUUUUCGUCCAACCGGGUGAGAUCGUCGUGAUCCCCCGCGGCAUCCGCUUCCGCGUCGAGGUUCCCGACGGGCCUUCUCGCGGCUACAUCCUCGAAAUCUGGGGCUCUUGCUAUGAGCUCCCCGAACUGGGCCCGCUGGGCGCCAACGGCCUCGCCAACACGCGCGACUUCCUCACCCCAGUGGCCAAGUAUGAGAUUCGCCAGGAGCCGUGGGAAAUCGUGUACAAGCUCGGGGGCAAGUUCUUCGCCAGCGCGCAGAACCACAGCCCGUUCGACGUUGUGGCCUGGCACGGUAACUAUGUCCCCUACAAAUACGACAUGACGAAGUUCGUCAACGUCGGCUCGAUCUCCGUCGACCACAUCGAUCCCUCCAUCUUCUGCGUCCUGACCGCGAAAUCCCGCGACCCGACGGCCCCUCUCGCCGACUUCCUCAUCUUCUCCCCCCGCUGGGACGUCGCAUCCAACACCUACCGCCCACCCUACUACCACCGCAACGCCGCCUCAGAGCUCAUGGGCCUCGUCUACGGCGACUACGGCGGCCGCUCGGACGCCUUCAAACCGGGCAGUAUCUCCUUCGAAUGCGGCAUGGUCCCCCACGGCGUCGCCUACGAAGAAUUCAAAGCAGCCUCCGAGGCCCCACCAC